CGCGUGCCAUAAGUGGGAGGGGAUAGCUUGCAGCGUGCAUGACCCUAGCCUGUUAUCCGCACAGCGUCCUGUCACCGAAUCAGAGCCCGGAUACAGGCAUUGGCAAUCACAUCUACUCCAGUAUGGUGACCACAAGUAUAGCAUGUUUUUGAUGGCACUCUGAAGGUUCUUGUCUGUUUAUCAUUUUAGCUUGCCAUAUCUGUCCAGAUAAGGCUUGUUAUAAGCAUGUUUCUACUAAGGACUUUACAUCUGAGAUGUCAUCCAUCUAGUAUAAUCUCUUGUUCCACAUCAUUACGAGCUUGUACACAUCUAAGGAGAUGCCUUAUUUUACCAAAAUACGAAAGCCAGAUUUUAGUAUUAAAUGGACAAAAGCAUUGGCUUCAUUCAUCUCCUGGACAAGAUUCUUCCCAGCAUAAGGAAAACCUUAGCACUUCAUCUCCUAAGAAUGAGGGUCCAGUCAGUAGUAAGGAAACACUGUCCACAAUAGACCAUGCUGAUGCAGCUGUGGAGGAGGAAGAUCCACUGCAAGAUAAAUCCAUGGGCCUAGUCCAGAGAUUUAAAAAAACUUUUAGACAAUAUGGGAAAGUUAUGGUCACAGUCCAUGUACUUACAUCCAGUGCCUGGCUUGGAACAUUCUACUAUGCAGCCAUACAAGGUAUUAAUGUGAUUCCAUUCCUGGAGUGGAUUGGAUUGCCUGAGAGCGUAGUGGGUAUUCUAAAGAAUUCUCAGAGCGGCAAUGUACUUACAGCCUAUGCCUUAUACAAGAUUGCAACACCAGUCCGUUAUACUGUAACGUUAGGAGGAACUUCCAUUAGUGUGAAAUAUCUCCGCAAAUAUGGCUACCUGACUACCCCUCCAUUAGUAAAAGACUAUAUCCAGGACAGAAUGGAGGAGACAAAAGAACGACUCACAGAGAAGAUGGAAGAAACCAGGGACAUGAUCUCUGAAAAGAUGGAAGAAACAAAAGAUAGACUUUCUGAGAAGUUACAGGAAACCAAAGACAGCCUCUCGUUUAGAAAGAAGAAGGAAGAGUAACAGAAAAAAAGUCCCAUAAAACAUUCACAGCUUUGAUUAGUGUUACCACAAUGAGAAUAUUUUUUUUAAACAGGCUUGGCCAUUAUGCUUUAGUGAUGACAAUUUGUCAUUUAUACUUUUUGUCUUUUUUUUCACACAGAUUAGAACACUGUUAAUCUUGUCCUUUGUUUUGACAGCAUGUGUUAGUACAUGUUAGCUGUGAUAUUACCAUAAAUGUUUGCUUAGUCCUGAUCUAAAACAUGUUGUAGACAAAUAUCUAAAAUCUCCUUCACGUACCAUUACAUUGGGUAGGU